AACAGUACCCACACCAUAAAGCAAAAACAAAACCCACACCCCCCACAUACCCUCUCAUCACACGCAGAAGGAAAGAGCCUUCCUUUGUACCAAUGUCCCCAAACCCACCAAUCUUCUCCGUCCUUGUUUUCUUCUCCAUUCUCUUGCCCGCCACUCCGGGUCUGCCCAACCCGGACCCGGCCACAAUCCUCCCAUUCCACCCAAACCAAUCUCCACCAGCAACAAUCCCUGCAUUCCCCGAACAAUCCAAUGCGGCUGGCUGCCCGCUAGACCUCCCGGACGAGCUCUUCCACGGCAUAAAGGCCGCAUGUGGCUCCACCAAGGAUGGCUCCAAUGGGCAGCUCCACCGCAGCCGGUGCUGCCCCGUGCUAGCCGCGUGGCUGUACUCUGCCUACUCUGCCACUGCCCUGGGCAGGGCAAGCAGAGUGAGCGCGGCGGCUGCAGGCCACGGCGGUACCACGACGUCGUAUGACCUUCCACUUCUGCCGGACGAUUCAGAAACCUGCGUGGAUGACUUGGGGAAAGCGCUCAAGAACAAAGGAAUAGAAGUGGCGAGACCCAAUGAAACCUGCGACGUGAUGUAUUGUUACUGCGGCAUAAGGCUCCACCCACUGAGCUGCCCGGAGGCUUUCUCGGUGACCCAGAACGGGAAACUCGUUGGGGAUGAAAGUGUAAAGAGGUUGGAGAGGGAUUGCUUGAGCAGCAGCUCCAAUAUCAAUGGAUUUCCAGGUCUUGGUGGGUGCUCCAAGUGCUUGAACAGUCUCUAUAUGCUUAACAAGAAGAAAACUUUGAAUUCAAGCAAAUCGGAGGCCAGGACCACAAAAAUGCACAACAAAGAGUGUCAGCUAAUGGGUCUCACAUGGCUGCUCGCCAAGAAUCGAACGGCUUACAUCCACACGGUUUCGUCGGUCAUCCGAGCCAUCAUGAUGAGCACGACCGGCACCGAUCCCCGGUCGUGCACUCUCAACAGCGACGGAAUGCCGCUGGCGGUUGAUUCCUCCGAAAUCUCCACCCACUCUUCAUCAAACAACCACCUUAGAGCACCCAUCUACCUCUGCAUUCUAUUACUCUGUUGCCUGUAUAUGUUGUUCUUCACCUUCAUGUGAAAAGCUAGCACUUCUUGUUGUAACUCUAUUCUGUUGUUGGUAAUAUGAGAUGCCCAGUUUGUUGUUUGUAGGUAAAGUUUAGUGUAGGUAAAGUUUCGAUGUGGGCCUCCAUUAACACGUGCUUAUAGAGACUAGUGCUUGGUUUUGGAGAGACAAUUUUUCGAUCAUGGCCGAUUUGUUUUGGUGGCAUUCAUUUGGGACAGUUGUGUGCUUCACGGGAAAUUUAUAGAAUGUCAACAUCUCAAAAAAAGCAAUGGACCCUUAUCUUCUUUGGUUUAUAUAUAUAGAGAAGAUUAAGGAUUUGGUCUGCAGCCUGCAAUGCUGGAGAGGACAAAGAAACGAUUUGAUUUUAAAAUAAAGCAUCCAAAGUGUAUAACAACAGUUUCUCAA